CUUGACUACGCGCGCAUACCGCACGAGAGACACAGAAGCAUAAUGCAACGUUUCCCUGUACUAGCGUACACCGUUCUUGCCUUCAUUACUGCCUCAAGUCCUGUCCUAUCGGUCAGAAGUUCUCUCAACCUCAACUUAGGGAAGGCGAAGGGUUGUUAGUUAGGAUACUUGCAUUAUAAAGUACAUAAGGAAAAACUGCUUUUUCAUGAAUGCAAUGAUCAGGCGUAUUUUCCUAUUUCAACUCAUACAGCACACCACACAGAGCUUUUGUUAGUCGCUCAAAGAUGAAGCCGAUUCCAAUUGGAAAUAGCACUAGGGUCUUUCAGUCACAAUGCUCAUUUUGCGCAGUGGCGUAUGACGGAGGUCGCCAAGCAUCCACUCCCAUGCGUCGGUUGCUUACCUCUGCGCUGCCAGCGCUGCUUCCAUCUCCCAACCAUUCAAAUCAAUACCCAUCUUUUCGCAACCUUGUCGCCGCGGCCGCGACAUUCUCUUCCUCCUCUGGUCCGAGUGCGGCAUCACGCAAGCAAAGGACAAGGAGCGUGAGAACAACGGUCAAGGCAGCAGCAGGAGCACAGGAGGGCAACGCAGCUGCUGGCGUGACGAGCACGGAUGCAAGCAACGGCAGCAAGACCGGAGCAGCAGCAGCAGCUGCUGCUGCUGCAGCUUCUGUACGGGCAGGCGCAACCGGGACUGCCAAGCCCAAACAGAACAUGUCCAGUCAGCUGUCCAGCAGUACGGCACAGCAGCAGCAGCUACAGCUGCAGUUGCAGCAGUUGGAAUCGGCGCUUGCUCGUCACCGGGACUUGUACUAUAACCAGCAACAACCUGAGAUCAGUGACGCCGCCUAUGACGACCUGCAGCAGCAGUACCGCCAGCUGGCGGGGCGGCUGGCGGGGGUGGCGGCGGAGGAGGUGGCGCUGCCAGUGGGUGCCCCCCUGCCCCCCGCCUCCCCCCUGCGCAAGGUGCCCCACCGGCUGCGCAUGCUCUCCCUAGCCGCAGUCACCUCACGGGAGGAGCUGUGCGCCUGGCUGGAGCGGACGAUGGCGCGACUGCCGCCAGUGCAGCCACCACUGGCGUCACAGCUGUCACUGACGACAGCAUCUGCAGCAGCAGCGCCCCCACCUGGAUCUGCAAUGCAGCAGCAAAAGCAGCAGGAGGGGGAGGAGGUCGGUAAGAAGACGAAAAAGCAGCAAAAGCAGCAGCGGGGAAAACAGCAGCAACAGCAAAAGCAGCAGCAAGUGGGAGGCGGCGGUUACCGUUGGGUGGUUGAGCCCAAGGUGGACGGUCUUGCCGUACGGGUGCUGUACCGCCGUACGGAGGACGGCAGUUACCGGUUGCAGGAGGCCGCCACGCGCGGCGACGGCUGCAUCGGGGAGGACGUGACGCACAACGCCCUGCAUGCCCGCAUCGCCGGACUGCCGCUCAGCUUCAACCUGCAGCCGCAGCAGCAGCAGCCGCCCGCGGCCUCUGUUGCAGCUGCUUCUGCCUCCGCCCGCAGCAGCAGCAGCAGCAGCCCCCUCCUCCCCCCGCCCCCGCCCCCGCCCCCUCCCCAGUGGGUGGAGGUGCGGGGGGAGGUGUUCGUGCGCACUGCGGACCUGGAGCUGGUCAACCAGCAACAGGCCGCCAGUGGCGCCCCCCCACUGGCCAACCCUCGCAACGCCGCCUCGGGGGGGCUGCGGCUGCAGGACCCGAGGCAGGCGGCGCAGCGGCGACUGAGC